UUGGAGUGGUGUCGAUUUCAAUAACCAUAGUACCGAAUCAUCUUAACAAUGAAGGUUGCUACUUCUCUGUGUAUAUUCGCUGCUGUCGUAUUUGUUGUGGAGCCGGCGCCUACUCUCGAGGAUGCUUUAGCACAACAACUUGAAGACACAGUACUGCUCAGUCAGCAGCCGCAGAUCCGACGAGAAAAACGCUCCCAGUACCCAUCGUAUGGCGGAUACGGCGCUCCAUGUGGUGGCGCUGCGGUCGCGGCGCUCCCAGCUGUCGCUCCGUUACCAGCCGUCGCCCCUUCGGCCUACCAACUCAACUUGGGUCCCGUGCAUGCGGGAUACGGAUAUCCACCACCUCAUGCACCCCAUUCCUAUUCUUACGGAGGGCCACACUACCGAUCUGACGAAUUUGGAUCAGACCACGAGACUUUCUUCCAAGACAUGAUGGCUGAGCACGUCCCGAUGGCACGGUAUGGAGGAUACGGUCCAGCUAUGCACGCUGGUGGUAUGGGAGGAUUGAGUGGUAUGGGAGGAUUAAGCGGUUUAGGACAGCUGGCGUCUGGUGGGGCGGCUCCCUCUGGUCCGGCCUAUGGAGUGUUCCCCAAUGCGAACGUUGGUGGAUGCAAUGUCCCACUUCUGUUGAGUUGUUCGCCAUCGAUAGUUCCAGGGAAAUUGAUAAAGUCCCAGAGUUACGGAUACGGUGGCGCCCCCGCGGCGGCGCCGGCGAACGCAUACAGAGGCGUAGAUGAGAGCCAUCACGAAAUGCAUGAGGAGCACCACGAGGAACCCGAGACUCAUGAGCACGCGGCCACUUCCAGUGAGGCUGGCCAUCCGAUGAGCUCCCACCAGUAAAAGUAAUUGUUAGGUAUAGUUGUACGUAAAUAAUUGUAAGACUGCUGUAUAAUAUAAUAAACGAUUACACGUUUAUAUAAUU